AUGGCGGCCUCUUCAAGCCAUCCGUAUCAUUCCCCGGAGAUCGAGGACGAUCUCAUUGAUCCAGAUGAUGCUGAUCUCAAUGACUUCGAUGACCCUCUUUCACAACGCCAGCCACUCGCGGGCAACAUUGGCUCGUCGUCGUCGUCGAACCGCCUAGACGAGUCGUACCUAACAUCGCGCAUCCCGGGCGAGGACCGCCGGGCCCCACAGAACACCAUUGACGAGACCGUCUGGGAGACGCUGCGGCGGGACCUGCUGGCCGUGUGGUCCAAGAUGCGCGAGGUGCUGUACCCGCGCUACCUGUUUGGCGGCACCAUGUUUGAGUCGUCGGAGGGCAUCCGGGGCGCCUACGCCAACCUGCGCGGCGCGGGCUUCAACGGCGCCCGCGAGGAGCUCCAGAGUCUCGCCGGCCGCUUUGUCGACUCCGAGGCCCUGCUCAACCAGAACAACAUGACCCCCGGCCUGCGCGACUGGGACAUGUGGGGCCCCCUGAUCUUCUGCCUCUUGCUCAGCAUGCUGCUCAGCUACCGCGCCCAGAGCGAUCAAAAGGAUAUUGUCUUCUCCGGUGUCUUUGCCAUGGUGUGGAUCGGCGAGGCGGUCGUGACGUUGCAGAUCAAGUUGUUGGGCGGCAAUAUCUCCUUUGCACAGAGCGUAUGCAUAAUCGGCUACACGCUCUUUCCUCUGGUCCUCGCCGCCAUGUUCUCUGCCAUUGGUCUUCCCUUGAUUGCUCGGAUACCCGUUUACCUUGCGCUAGUUGCCUGGUCGCUGGCGGCAGGCGUCAGCAUCCUCGGUGGUAGCGGCGUCGUUCAGAACCGUGUCGGCAUUGCCGUCUACCCCCUAUUUGUUUUCUACCUGGGCCUGGGCGCUCUCUGCUUCAUCAGCUAA